AUGGGAAACGAGUCCAGUUACCCGGAGGAGAUGUGCUCCCACUUUGACCAUGAUGAAAUUAGGAGGCUGGGCAAGAGUUUUAAGAAGCUGGACGUAGACCAUUCGGGCUCUCUGAGCGUGGAGGAGAUCACGUCCCUGCCCGAGCUGCAGAACAACCCGCUGGUGAGGCGAGUGAUCGACGUCUUCGACACCGACGGCAACGGAGAGGUGGACUUCGAGGAGUUCAUCCGGGGCGCCUCCCAGCUCAGUGUCAGAGGAGACCAGGAGCAGAAGCUGAGGUUUGCUUUCAGCAUCUACGACAUGGAUAGGGACGGCUACAUUUCCAACGGGGAGCUCUUCCAGGUGCUGAAGAUGAUGGUGGGGGACAACAUAAGGGACUGGCAUUUACAGCAGCUCGUGGACAAAACCAUCAUCAGCCUGGACAAGGAUGGCGACGGGAAGAUAUCCUUGGAGGAGUUCAGUGCUGUGGUCAGAGGUCUGGAGGUCCACAAGAAGCUGGCGGUAAUGGUGUGA